CUCUCUCAAUUAGCUAGGGAAGGCUCUCUCUGAGAUUGAUAGUUUGUGAAAUUAUAUGGCGAAGCAAAAGAAGUUCAGAGGAGUGAGGCAACGCCGGUGGGGCUCAUGGUUUUCUUCUUCCUCUAUUUUCAGAAAGAGGAGGGUCUGGCUAGGGACGUUUGAGACUGCCGAAGACGCGGCCAGAGCCUACGACGAGGCUGCCGUUCUGAUGAGCGGUCGAACUGCCAAGACCAACUUUCCGUUGGCCGUGGCAGCCACCGACAUUGUUAGAGCUCCAACUGUAGACACUACUAUCUCAAGUGCAGUUUUGCCGCCGUUAUCAUCAAUUCUCAACGCCAAACUUCGAAAGUUUUGCGAAUCUUCGCCGCCUUCCCUAACUUGCCUCCGUCUCGACACCGCGAGUUGCCGCAUCGGCGUCUGGCAGAGGCAUGCGGGACGUCGUCGAGUGGCCAAAUCUAACUGGGUUAUGAUGGUUGAGCUUGAGAAGAAGAAGAACGACGACGGAUUACGAGUGACGAUGGAGUCGUCAGAUAAGGCCGGUGUGGAGGAGUUGAAAUUAUCAGGUGCCAGAGAGAGUUCAGAUGAUGAAGAAAGAGCUACUCUACAGAUGAUUGAAGAACUUCUGAAUAAGAUAUGAUAAGAGAUCUCUUUCAAUAAUUUCUAUAGCUAAACUAAAACUUGCAUGUGCUUUUGUAUUGUUCUGAAUUAUGAUCAAAUAGCUUAGUUCCAUGUAUACAUGUGAUAAAUAUUUAAAAUAAAUGCAUGAAAGUUAUUUUAUUAAACAGAUAAAUUUUCAUGCUUAAACAAAAGAUCUCAAUGACGCGCUUUUUCGAAGAAUCCUGCACCCAUGGGAAUGAUACCACAAAACUCCAUGCUCUU